UGGUUUGCAUGGUGUGUGUGUGCUGUGAUCCGGCUGCAGUUUGUCCUCGUUGGCUUUCCGUCCCUCAGGCAGCUCGACUUCAGUGCGCUAUAAACAGGGAAGCGGCUCCAGGAGCAGCUGGGACUCUCUCUGUGUUUACGCUGUGAUCCCCGCAGUCACUCAGCGCGGCUCCGGCAGAUUAUAUCACUGGCUGUGCUAGUAGAGCUAUUAGUGACCACCAUUUUGGAUUUGUGUUUACCUGGUUCAUCAGAUCACGUGAUCUCGAGUCCGAGGAAGUCUGUUGAGCUGCAUAAAUAACAGAGUUUGACCCUGUGGAGUGCUUUACAGCGAGUCUCCUUCUCCACCUAGGCUUUGGGCAGGCCGUGUCUCUGUGGCCAUGAGGAAUCAUGGCGGAGCUGGAGGUGGAUCAGUCUAACCUGCCGCGGGUUCAGGAGGUGUCCCAGUAUUUCUCAGUGCUGGAGGACGGAGCGUUGGCGUAUAACUUACAGGAGCAGGAAAUUGAACAGUACUACAGUUCCAACGUACAGAGGAACCAACUGGUUCAGAAAGACAUCCGUGUAGCCAAGAGGCUGCAAGAUGAGGAGCAACAAAGAGCUCAAGUGAAUCAUGAGCAAGCCACUCGUCAACUGGAAGAGCAGGACUCUGAGUACGCCCGCAGGAUUCAAGAGGAGCUCCGGUGUGCCGCUGAAGAAGAGAGGAAGAGGGAAGAAAAAGAUGAGGAAAUAGCAAAGCGAAUACAGGAAGAGGAAGAGCUGUAUGUCAGACAGAGGAACAGCUGCCGAAGGACAGAUGGCGGAGAGAAUGGCAGCGCCAUCGGCUCGCCAAAUACACUUCAACCUAUUCGGCCUCUCUUCAGCGAAGAGGAAGAGUUGUCCUGGCAUAGCCAGGCGCACUCUCCCUCUCCUUCCUCCUCGGACUAUGAGGCGGACCACUGUGAACGCAGGAAGUCUUUUAAUAGGGAGUACGCAGACAGUGUUGAGCAGAGACAUCAGCCUGUGCGUGAGCAGCCUCGCAGGAGACGAUCAGGACAAAGCCGCAGUAGCUUUGCCAGCCAGAGCAGCACGACUGGGCAUCUUCUGGGAGGAUGGGGCGAUGUUGUCCAGCUCAUAAAGAACGACCUGAGUGAGCAGGGCUAUCUCAGUUACAGUUCUGAAGACGAACUCUUUGAACCCGUCUAUAAACUGGAGAGAAUCCUGAGCCGGCGCCAGCCGGCAUCGGAGCGGUGCGGCGAGCAGGGGACAAGACCAUCUCGCCACAGCAGUAUGAGAGAAGGAAACAGCCGGAUGUGGCAGGGAGACCGAGGGGGCCGAAAGGAAAGACAUAGGCACUCUGAUUACAAGGGCAACAGAAGUGUGAGAUCGGAGAGCAGGCUAGCGAGACGUUAUAGCAGUAGCGACUGUAGAUCUGGAGAAGGACAAAGACGUGUACACUUUCAGGAUGACCAGAAUCGCCAUAACGUUUAUAUUGAUUGUCCAAGAGCAUUCGAGGAAAAUCAUGGCAGAAACAGGGAACUAAGGGGUUAUACUGCGAGACCCUAUCAAAGUCAUGUUCAGGUGGAUAGAUCACUGGGUGAUGUAAACCGGACUUGCAGACAUGAGGCUAAUGGCGUGAGGAACUCCUUGUCGCAGGAGGUAAAUGAGGAAGAUCUUGGCAGGCUUAGAGAGAGAGGAAGGUGGGAGGGAGGCAGCUGCAGGGUACGAGCAGAGCACAGGCCAAGAGCACGUACCAUCAGGGAGGAGUGGGAGGGAAGAGACAGCAGAUGGUACCAUGGAGAACCUAGCAGGAGAGGCAUAAGGAGUGAGCGAUGGCAGGGUUAUCAGGAGGACAGGUCGGGUUAUCAGGAGGACAGGUCGAGUACUGAAGAAGAGGUGGACAGGGAAAGGGAGGAGACUCGAACACCAAGGCACCCCCAGCGCAGCCUCAGUGUAUCUUGCAGAGGGCGCUCUUCUGGAGCAGGGCAGAGAGUAAACAGACCCUCUCUGGAUUUGGGUGAACUCAGGCAGGUCCUGCAGGAUGAAGAACUCGCCCGCAGGCUACAGGCAGAGGAAGAAGAGUUGCUCAGAGGGGAUCUUGGCCCUGCCUCUCCUUUCGAGAGAUCUUGCCCAAAAGGAGACUUCACAGUAGCACAGGUUGCUCAGGAUGAGGAGAUUGCGCACUUCAUGCAAAAGCAAGAGAUAAAGGCUCAGCUGCGGUCUCAUGAGUCGGAGGAUUGUAGCUCUGGGCAAGGAUACAGAGAAAGAAGUCGUGUGUAUGACAACCGAGAGGUCUAUGAUGGACAGAUGCCCAGGGAGAGACUAAACUCUGAGGGCCUUGUGUCUCCCGGUGGGGAGUGCUCUCCUGAACACCAACCCCCAAGUCCAGACACUUUGGCAGUGCAGCAGCAUCCUUUCAGGAAUAUCGCUGAGGAACUGGAUCCAACCUUUCAAAAGAAAGAGAAUUUGCAAGCAGGACCGAGUGUUUCUGGCACCUGCCAGAUCCAAACUCCACCACAGGCAGGAUCAUGUAAGGAGCCUGCAUUCGUGGCACCAACUAAGCGGCAAAAUGACAAGCCAGGACGCACCAAGUCCAAAGAGAAAAAGGAGAAUGCGAAAUCAAAAGAGAACUGUAAACAGCAGUGAGGGUGCCAGUAACCUGGGGCUGUUUGUGUUAUUACAGAACACUUCGAUACCAGUAACAGAUAAAAGCAGGGGUUAUAAUACAGUGAUUAAUUUAAUUCCCUACUUUUACUUUUGCUUUUCUUGAAAGGUUUGGGGUUGGUCUACUCUUGAAAUAAUGCUGCUGUCAGGAUGGCACACAGGCCCCAGUGAUUCAUAUGGGACACUAUACAAAGACCUAAAGCUAUUUAUGGUUUGUCUCCAGAGCGGUUGGUGGUGCUUUUGUGUUGGGCAUCUUUUCAGUUUUGGCAUACUGUGCAGCUGGUCAGGGGACUGAAAUGGGCCCUAGGGGUAAGGGGGUAUCUGUAAGGGGAUGUCCGUUAUUAGCAGACUCCAACAUGUCGUCUGUUUUUCAGUCAACUAGACACUUUCUGAAUUCCCAUUACACACGUUCUCAGUUUAACUAACUAAAAUACACUAGUGAUUAAAAGCACUUUUUAUCCAA